AUGAAAGUUGCACAAGUGACUAGUUGGGGCACAGCUCCGACAUGUCAGACAGUCCCAGACCUUCCACCUCCCUCGCCUACGCAGAUGCAGCUCACUGUGCUUACUGUCGGCAUUCCGCGCGUGGUACAGAUUCGCGCAACGGGGAAACACCCCAGUGUGUUCGACUCCCCCUUGCCCUUCGACCCGAGUAUUGACGGAGUCGGCCGCGACGAUACCACCGGUGACGUCUACUUUAUUCAUCCACUUGCAGCGCCCCUGCUUGCCGAGCGUGCCAAUGUCGAGCGCCACCAUCUCGUGAAACUGGCUCCGGGGGCAGAUCCCGUCAGCGUUGCAGCCCUGGCCAAUCCCAUGUCUAGCAGCUGGAUGGCGCUGCGUCGCCGUGCCAUUGGCGGCUGUACAGGUCGAACAGUGCUUAUCCUCGGUGCUACAAGUGCCAGCGGGCGGACCGCCGCCCUCGUGGCCCGAUCCCUCGGAGCUGCUCGGAUUGUUGGGCUGUCCCGGCGCGAGGAAACACUGGAAACCGUCGACGGUCUUGACGAGCGUGUUAUUCUACGCGAGCCCUUCGUCCUACCCCCGAGCGCGGGUCCAAUUCACAUUAUCCUUGACUAUGUCGGCGGAUCCGCUGCGGCAGGCAUACUGCAGAAUGCCGAGGUGGAACCAGGGGAAAACCUGCAGUACAUUCAGGUUGGAGGUCUCGCAAGCGAAGACACCCACAUGCUGCAGGUGCUGCCCCCAUACCUGAUCAAUACCAAGCCUAUCUGCAUUAUGGGCUCCGGAUUGGGUAGCGUUCGCCUCCAGGACCUCAAAGAUGAGAUGCCAGACAUGGUACGCGCCAUGAUGCAGAUGCCCUCCCCGUUCGAGUUGGAAACCGUCUCCCUGAGCAAUAUCCAGUCGGUUUGGGACUCGGCAAACGCUUCUAAGAGGCUGGUCGUGAUCCCGACUGCCAAGGACUGA